AUGGAUUCGAACGUCGAUGCGGACGAUGGCUCAACCGAGGAAUUGGGCGAUGACUCAAGCGAGAACUCGCACAAGAAUCCCGCCUAUCAAUCCGAACUGUACACAUGGGCUCUCUACGACUGGGAGGACCCCUCUGUGUGCCUGCCCGGAUUGGAGGCUGCACCUAUGAUAUUCAUACACAAUCCUCCGCCUACUGCAAUGGAUGUUCUGUCCCAACGCGCUUCGCCCACAGUGUAUGUGUAUCUCUACCACAAUUUUGCGCAAGCCUACUGUCCACUCGACAACUGCCGGCUCGUAUUCAUCGAAGUUGACCCAUUCAAGUGCUUAUGCAAUCCUGCUCAGCCGAUUGACUACAGGCUCCGCGCCCCCGAAGUCGUCAUCAAUCUGUCGCCGUUUAAGUCCAUCAUUCCCAUCUACACAAGAGCGCAGAAUCCUUCGCCAGACACAGAGGUUUCGACGAGUGAACUUCCUAGCCGCAUCAAGACGCCUCGCCUCACCAUUCCGACCUCCUGCUGUCUCCUCAAUCAAGUGCUUCACCCCGGUCUCAGAUUUCUGGAACUCAGAGAAGCUCUUCCGAUCCUGGACGGCGAAACUCCCGCUCUUCUCUUCCCGAAACCAGCAGCGGGAGUUAAGCUUCCGGACACGUUCAAAAUGGUGAUCCAACCCUACUACGGAAUGGUUACGUCGUCAGAGAAGGCCGUUGAGCUCAGGAACGCCUUUGCUGAGCAUCUCGGUGUGGACGAUACUCAAGUAGUCUUCGAGUACUAG